GAUGAUGGAUCCACCUAGCAAUGGAUUAUGAUGUCACUGAGGAGCUGGUGUCCCUCCCUGCACCUCACCCAGGCAGUGCCAUAUUCCAGCUGAGCACGGUUGCGUGCACACGCGCUGGAGGCACCCACCCUGCCAGGCCAGUGCUGUGCUGAGCCAGUGCUGUGGACCUGGCCAGCAAUUACUGCCUGAGAGCACAGCAGGAGUUUUUGCUCAUCUUUGCUUCUAACUUGCUGCUUGCUCCCAAUUCUACUUUCUCCUCCAUUUGUUAAUUAUUUUUCUUUACUUUCCUUCAAUUUCUUUCGUGAUGCUAGAUUCCCUUUCUUCCUGCUCUGGGCUACAGGAAAACUCCAUUCCAAGGCUGUGUCAGAGAAGGCCCUUGGUAGCACUCCUCUUUUUCCUGUAGUUUCUCUAACCACCAGCAUGGAGGGAACCUGGGUAGGCACCUGGAGGCCCCAUCCUCGAAGGGGCCCCAUCCUUGCAGAGUUCAGCACCCCAGGCCCCAAGUAUGGGCUCCCUGGGACAACAGGUCACCCAGGUCAUGACCCCACCAUGGAAAGAGCUCCUGCAUACUCAUUUCGGGGGACCAAAUAUCCUACUGCAGACUCCUGCUCACCAGGUCCUCGAUAUUACAUCCAUUCAUCAAUCACUAAAACGGGGAAGCAUGUGCCUCCUACAGCACUGGUGACAGCACGCCCGAAGACCAAGAUUGCUGUCACCCCAGGACCCAGUGACUACACCACAGAACCAGCGAACAAACAUGUCUAUCUUAGUGCACCAGCAAAUAGCAUGGUGUCCCGACCCAAGGACCUAAAAAGCUUCCAAACGCCAGGUCCUGCUGCCUAUACCCUGCCCAAAAUUCUGGGACCCCGCACAGCGUACACCCACGCGGAACCAUGCUACUCUAUGCUAUGGAAAAGCCAAUACCAGAGCUGUUUCCAGGACCUGGCAAAGACCCCAGGUCCUGCAGCAUUUCAGAUGGUGGAACUGGACGUUUACAAACCCAAAGCUCCCAAGUACACAAUGGGACUUAAAACCAAUCCUGUUGGCAAGGGUAUGGGUCCAGGUCCAGCAGACUACAGCCUUGGAAAGUUGUCAGUGACUAAGACCCGGGAUCCUGCUUUCAGUUUUGGACUCCGCCAUUCUCUCUACAAAGCUUCUUUAGUGCCAGAAACUAAUCUCGAUUAAAGGCAGAUAACUGCAGAGAU